AUGAAAAGUAUGGAAAUUCUGAGGCGACAGUCACUGCCCUACGGAGGCUCUGCUGAGCUCGUUGAAACGUUUAAAGCCCAGAAGCAAGUGGUGCUACGCUACCAAGGAGAAAUGGGCUUCGGUAAGAAGGUGCUACAGUUCGUGACCGACAAGUAUGCCAUGUUCAAG